GAGGCGGCGGAGGGGCGGGGAGCGCGAGGAGGAGCGACGCGGCCCGCGCCGCCGCCUCUUCCCGCCGCAUGGACGAGCACCUCAGCCUGCUGCGCUCGCCGCCGCCGCCCUCCGCCCGCCACCGCGCCCACCCUCUCCAGCGCCCCGCGAGCGGCGGCGGCGCCCACACCCUGGUGAACCCCGGCUACGCCGAGCCCGCCGCAGGCCCAGCGCUGCCGCCCGACAUGACGGUGGUGCCCGGGGACCACCUGCUGGAGCCGGAGGCGGCCGACGGCGGCGGGGGCCCGCCUCAGGGCGGCUGUGGCGGCGGCGGCGGCGGCUGCGACCGCGACCGCUACGAGCCGCUGCCGCCCGCGCUGCCGGCCGCCGGCGAGCAGGACUGCUGCGGGGAGCGCGUGGUCAUCAACAUCUCGGGGCUGCGCUUCGAGACGCAGCUCAAGACCCUCUGCCAGUUCCCGGAGACGCUGCUGGGCGACCCCAAGCGGCGCAUGAGGUACUUCGACCCGCUCCGCAACGAGUACUUCUUCGACCGCAACCGGCCCAGCUUCGACGCCAUCCUCUACUACUACCAGUCGGGCGGCCGCAUCCGGCGGCCGGUCAACGUGCCCAUCGACAUCUUCUCCGAGGAGAUCCGCUUCUACCAGCUGGGCGAGGAGGCCAUGGAGAAGUUCCGCGAGGACGAGGGCUUCCUGCGGGAGGAGGAGCGGCCCCUGCCCCGCCGCGACUUCCAGCGCCAGGUGUGGCUGCUCUUCGAGUACCCGGAGAGCUCCGGGCCGGCCCGGGGCAUCGCCAUCGUGUCCGUGCUGGUCAUUCUCAUCUCCAUUGUCAUCUUCUGCCUGGAGACGCUUCCCGAGUUCCGCGACGAGAAGGACUACCCCGCCGCGUCGUCUCAGGAGCAGUUCGAGGCGGCCAGCAACAGCACGUCGGGGGCCCCCGCCGGAGCCUCCAGCUUCUCGGAUCCCUUCUUCGUGGUGGAGACUCUGUGCAUCAUCUGGUUCUCCUUUGAGCUGCUCGUGCGGUUCUUCGCUUGCCCCAGCAAAGCCACCUUCUCGCGAAAUAUCAUGAACCUGAUAGACAUCGUGGCCAUCAUCCCUUAUUUCAUCACUCUGGGCACCGAGCUGGCUGAGCGACAGGGCAACGGACAGCAGGCCAUGUCCCUGGCCAUCCUGAGGGUCAUCCGGCUGGUGCGGGUCUUCCGCAUCUUCAAGCUCUCCCGGCACUCCAAGGGGCUGCAGAUCCUGGGCCAGACGCUGAAGGCUUCCAUGCGGGAGCUGGGGCUGCUUAUCUUCUUCCUCUUCAUUGGGGUCAUCCUUUUCUCCAGCGCGGUCUACUUUGCCGAGGCAGACGACCCCACUUCGGGUUUUAGCAGUAUCCCGGAUGCCUUCUGGUGGGCAGUGGUAACCAUGACAACAGUAGGUUAUGGUGACAUGCACCCGGUGACCAUAGGGGGCAAGAUUGUGGGGUCGCUCUGUGCCAUCGCUGGUGUCUUGACCAUUGCUUUGCCAGUCCCCGUGAUUGUUUCCAACUUCAAUUACUUCUACCACCGGGAGACAGAAGGGGAAGAGCAAGCCCAGUACAUGCACGUGGGAAGUUGCCAGCACCUCUCCUCUUCGGCCGAGGAGCUCCGAAAAGCAAGGAGUAACUCCACUCUGAGUAAGUCGGAGUAUAUGGUGAUCGAAGAGGGGGGCAUGAACCAUAGCGCUUUCCCCCAGACCCCUUUCAAAACGGGCAAUUCCACUGCCACCUGCACCACGAACAAUAAUCCCAACUCCUGUGUCAACAUCAAAAAGAUAUUUACUGACGUUUAAUAUAUGCUGUAAGUGACAGGCUGUGCUCAGUACUGUGUGGAACGUGCCCCCUUGGUCUGUGUAUGCCCUUGUUUUAUACAUUUCCAGACCAUUCAUCAAGGAAAGGACGUGAAGAAGUGGAAAGCACACUUCAUUUUCCCUCUCCCUACUGCUUCAUACUGAAACAGGUGUCUGUUUUGCAAGUGGGCUGCAUUCUCUCAGCUCCAUUUUUUUCUCCCCCCCCCUUCUCUAAUAUCAUAAGGAACAAACUUACUUUAAACUUCAUUUCUAGUACACACCCUCUUAAAAAAAAAAAAAGUACAUCCUGGGAGGAAAUGAAACUAAAGAACAGUUAGAAUAACUGCCUAACCUCAGUAUGGAAAGUUGUUUCUUUACUAAGUAAAGAGGCACAUACUUAAAGGAUGCUUCCGUUUACUGGACCUUUUAACGUUAUUGAAUAUUUAGUUCAGUCGUCUUCAUUGUGGAUGCGUGGAUGAGAAGUCUAAUUAGAACAAUGACUUGUAAACCCACCAUAAGUUUAUUUGGUUUUUGACUGGAAUUUCUAUUUGGAACACCUCCUGGAAUUUUAAAGACUUCUACAACUUUGAACAAAGGGAAAUGCCCGAGGUGUCCUGAUCUAAUUAGUUGAACUCUUUGGGGCUUGGUAAGCAUUUCGAAACGGGGGUAGACAGGCAGAUUCCUCUGAAGUUCUGUGUGUGCGUUCCAGGCAACAUCUUAUCAAAGUGUAGAAACAGAUGUUUUCAGUGCUGCUGAGAAAAACAAACAGAAUUCCUAAUGCGUCUGCGAGAUAAGCUUCUGCAGUAUCAAAAGAAGAUUAAAGUGGCAGACACUCCUUGCAGCGGAAGUUACUAAUUCGGACCUGACUGAUGCAGUUCCCAUAGCAACCCAUGUUUCCUGGGAAACCCGAAAAAGGUUGUCAUGGCAUCUCUUGCUCUCUAGCCCCACCCCCUAGCCCCUGCCGUUUCCACAGUAACCUUUCCAGAUGGUUCCUCCUUACAGGAUUUCAUAAGGAAAAUCACUAUUUGAAUAAACCGCACAAAUAAGGUUACGUCUGAGAAUCUGAGGUGGUGAACUGAAUCACAAACAAUGCAUUUUUUUUUUUACUACAGAAAAUCAUUGAUAUCUCAUAAUGACUGAAUUGGAAAGGAAAAUAUUGCCUUUGGAAUGUUAGAUAUAUACUCCAAUGAGGCAUGAUUUGAAUUGGAUGCCAAUAAUUAGGCAAUAACUUAAAAGGAUAAUGUUUUCUUCCUCCAAGAAGUUUCAAGCCAGCAAGUGAAAUUUAAAAGCAAAUGUAAAAGUGUUCUGUACAUAAGCAAAUGAAAGAUUCAAUCGGUGUACCUGAAACCGUACUACAAGGGACCUUCAGACUUCCUCUUCAAAAAAAUUCCAGAAUCCGACAACAGCACUUGAAAAGCUAAAUAAACUUUAAAAAUAUAAAGGAUGUGUGUUUUUUAACUGAGGGAAUUGCAGACAAUCAAUAAAAAGGAGGGACGGGAAGUAACCAUAUCUUGGGAAAAUACCUGCAAGUUUCAGCCAUAUACAAAGGGUUGCCAGAAGACAAACGGAAUCAGCAGUUCCAAGUCCUUCCCACCUCUCAGCUGUGAAUAGAAGUGAUAACCCCUCCCACCAAGAAAUGCAAAGAAGCACAAGUGCCCCCCCCCCCGCCCCCCAGUCUGAAGACUUACAGAAACACUGUGAGAUGGAGGAGACUUCCAUUAUAAGGACACCAUUAUCUAUGUGUCAUUGAGAAAAGAAGAGCUGCCAAUUUUAAGGGAAAGUACCAGGGAUUUUAAGAUACCUGAAGAGUCCCACAUAGAGAACUGUAGAGCUGCACUGACCAGUAGGAUACUCAUUUUUAAAUUGCCUACAUCAAGAAUGCGGUGUUGGUUCUAUCGUUGAUGGGCGGUGAUCUGUCUGCUAGCACAUAUUUUGUUUUAGUUGACAUUAAAUAACCUGUCUCUGAGAAACACUUCUUAUAAAGGAAGCAGCUCUAACACUGGAGAAUUCUCUUCAACUGGUGUGCAAUAUCAAAGAUAGUGACAAAGAGAUGAAGAAGAACGUCAAAAAAUAUUAAGGGAUCAUUUCAACCUUUUGACAUUUUGAUGAAAUCAAAUCACUCAAAAACUAAUCAGUACUGCUGAUAAAACCUAAACGUUUGUUUGUAACAAGCCAACUGGUACUGUUUUCUUCUUUCAGUUAAUCACUGGACUAUGUUGAAUCAUGAGAUAUAGUAAUGUUCUCUUCUGUGUUCUGGGUUAUGUGAAACCUUAUUUGUGAAGGUGUGUUUUGUACCAAAGGCUCUCCUACAUAGAUUGGCCCAUUUUACACAUAAAUAAGUGAAGUCUACACUGUGCCCAGAUGAAUGGUAUUAAACAGACUGGCCUACAAGAAAUGUGCCUUGCUUGAUUAAACAUCCUUUUAUUUUUUGAUUCAAAAUGAUAGAUUUACAAUUAGUCUCAUAGAUAGGUUUUAGCUGAACAUAAAUUUAAAAAUAUAUUAGUACUUAAUAUAUGUUUAAGUUAUCUAUUUUAACUGAAAUUUUAAUAUUUAGUUAUAGUUUUCAGCAGUUCCUAUAUAAUAUACUCAUUCAAGUUAGUUUUCAUGCGCUGUUUGGUGUGGUGACACAAAGCACAUUCUUAAAGAUAUAAUAUUUCAUCUAAUGUUUAUAAAAUUUCCUUCAAAAUUAUAUCUGUAAAAGUUUUCUUGACUCAUUUUCUAUUUUUGUAUUUUAUUCCUUUAGAAAUGGAAGUUUUCCAAUAAAAAAAAAGCAAAGUUUUAGUUGGAAAAGAGAUUUAGGAGGUCAUGAAGAUGAUUUCCCAUUUGGGGACAUUUCACUUCUGUGCCAUUAUUAAUGUAUUUACUGUGACAUUUCAGCAGAAUGGUAGCUAUUUGUAUAUUAUUUAAUAAGCCUUAUGGAAAGUCAAACUGUGAACACUUGGUAUAAUGAAGACUUUUUUUCAUUUUCAUAUUUUAUUUUUGAAACAUACCUGAACAAAUGCGUAAAUAACCAAUUUCCUGUUAUUCAAGGGCAUAAUGAUGCUGUUAUAAUAAGAGGGCUUGUAGAAUUUUAAUAACUAUAAAAUAUUUCAGUAGCAAAGCCAAGACUAUAAAUACUUUUUGAUGCCAUGUAGAAGGAAAUACAGGUGAUGAAUUUCAUUGUUAACGUAUAAGAAUAGGUAACUGAAACAGUGUUAUAGCUAUUAGCAGCAACAGAUGGGUUGGAGAUACAAUCCAGGUAACUUUCUUUGAGGCAAUGUCUACAAUGAAUUCUGUACAAUCUGCUGGUAUUUUUUCUGUGAUCAAAAUUUUGAGACCAAAUCUCUAGGCAAAAGUGAAGUAAAAGAGUGAUAAGUAUCUCAGAUUUGAGCUCUGUGAACCUCCCAUCUGGAUGAUUUGUAAUUAAAGUGAAAACAUAGCCAAAGCCACCACCAUGUUUUUAUUCUGUGUUAGCCCACAUAGGAGGGACACAGGCCCAGGAAAUAGUCAAUCCAUUCUAGCCACCUAACACUCAUAACUGAUGAUCACAGACUGUUCAACAGUAAAGUAAUUCACAUCAGCUAUUGGGAUGAUUGAAACAAACCAAUUAACUGUCCUGUGAGAGGUCUUAGACAUUCAUAUGUUUCAGUAAGGAUCAGUAGGCAUUACAAACAUAGACAUAAGUUUGUUACCUUCAGGAAACACCAAUGACACAACUUUAAGCAUUAUGUAUACUUAAUAUCAUAUCUGCAUUAUUAUUACAGGCCACAGUUUCAAACAAAGACAAAACCUGGACUUUGCAAUAAAAGCACAGAUUGGCACCAGAUGAGGAAACUGUCAUAUCCAAUAUGGUUCACCAAAUGUGGAACAAAAAUAUAGCAUUGGUCUAGAUAUCAUGAGACCAGAGUGCUUAUCCACUUUCUACCUGUGGGACACUAGAUAGGUUACUUACCAUUGCUAGACUUCAGUUUCCCGAAUUCCGAGGUGGGUGUGCUGGGUUAAAUAAUCCCCAAAGCCCUUUCCCAGCCUCCAAAUCCUCAUUUAUACACAUUUGAAAAGGCUUUGAAGAAUACUUAAAGUACUCAGAUUUCUUAUGCAUCUCAGAAGGAAAGACUUAUUGAAAUAAAAUUUAAACCUUGAAAGUGUCAUCAAUAUACCAUUCUUCAAAUUGAGUGUGAGAAGAGGAAAUAGGAUUUUUUUCUCCUCUAAGAAUUUUCACUGGCCUAUAAUGGGAUCACGAAAAAGUAGAAAAAUCACUCUGCAGAAUGGGAACAGAUUAACGAAAUUGCUGGAAAGGAGGGGAGGUUAUUUGUUAAAUGUAAUUAGAUGUUAAUGUGAUUUGAAAUUGUAUAUGAAAUGCAGUACCAGAGCUUUACUGCACACUCAACAUUAUAAACCCAGAGUAGAAGAUGGGGAAAGGUUGGAGAGAUGGAAGUGUUUACCUUAUGAUCUCUUGAUUUUUUUUUUUUUCGUGAGAGGCGGUUGGGUAGAGUUUAAGUGGGGGUCUGUGCUUUAGUGCUGGUUCUGCUCAUAACUCUUGUACCCUAGGAAAUUCCCUUUGACCUCUCUGAGCCCCAGCUUCUUUAGCUGUACAAUGAAGACUUUAAAUUUAGUAAUCUGUCUGUUUUACAUCUUUGAAAAUUCUAUAACAUUUUCAGAAUGUUCUGAUACACAUAUACGUGUACAUGUUGUUCCCCUCCAGUCACUAAGAUGCCACAGAUCUCUGCUCACAUGACUGAACAGACUGCCAAUCCAAACAUUCAUAUUUCUAAUUGACCCUCAGCAAGACAUAAAAAAAAAGUAACUUUUAAUUUUGACCAUGGCUUACCUAUUAUGACUUACAUUUCAUCUUUGAAUGUUGAGUUUAUCUAAACAAAAUUUCUGUUCCAGUGAACCUUCUGUUUAAAUUUUUGUAGUUUAAUAAACACUUAGCAAACCAGAAUUAAGUAUAUUAUGCUUGCCAAUGAACUGUAGCUGAUUGCAAGGGGGAUUUUUGUCACAUUAAGAAGGUAAUGCUGUUUUAGUCCCAGAAUCAAUGGCUUUAAUUUGAAGUAACAGUCACAAAAUUUGGUAAAUUUUCGUGAAUACAGAAGAGGCCUGAUAGAGCCAUAUUGUAAUUAAUUUUGCUCAGGAGUGAGAAACAAAAUUCAGGGAUAACCCAAACGCUUCUGUUUGGCUUUUGUGGACAGUUGGAAAAAGAACGGUUAUAGCUUUUGUACAAAAUAGAUAAGAGAUAAUUGUACCCAUUGAAAAAUAAGAGUAUAUUCUGGUUGCUGAUUUUGUGGUAGAAAGAGAUAAGGAUAGAAAUAUGCUAAAAUAUGGACACUAGGGAAAUUAUUAAAAUGAUAGUCCAUUUGAGUAAUACAGAAAUAUUUUGUCAUAAUGAGAUUAUUUGUCCAGAGGUUUAGUCUUAUAUCCUUCCAUUCAGAAAAGGGGGCAGUUUUUAAAGGCCUCUAUCAUAAUAGGAAAUGUAUAUUUUAACUAGCCGAGCAAUUCAUUAAAACAUUUAAUCUGAUGAUUUUUUGGUUUUGUGAAUUCACUUUAGGUGUAAUUGAGUCUCUUACAUAUUCGUAUUAGUGAUAUUUGUGAAAAGUAAUUUUAUCCAUUUUCUUAAAGUUGAUGAAAUUUGCUCAGUGGUGAUUCUAGCAAAUUGUGUCAAUAUUGUAUCUUGCAACCAUUUGUGAACUGACCAUACAGAAACAAACUAUAGUAGUAUCUCUUCCAGUAAAUUGUAUCCAUGGCGUGAUCUCUUAAUGCUGGGUUUGGGGUGGGAAGGUUAAGUAUUUAGUUUAUUUAAAACUAAUUGUCAAAGUGUUUUUCCUAUAUGCCAUAAAAUUGUAUGAUUAUAAA